AUCACGAAGACGAACUGUAUGUCGAUACGUGAAAUUCUAUGACGUUUGCUGUUAAGAACAGUGUUCUAGAACAUGUAAAACAGGAACAUGAAAGGAAUAUUCUAAAAGCGACUCAUGUCAACACCUUAAUCAGAAUAUUGUCUUACUCGGAAUAAGGUCAAUAAGUAGACUACAGCUGUCCAUGUAAACGUAGUCAGUGAUUAGCUACCGAGGCUUCAAGAUCAGGAUUUUUACAGACUUCUGUUGUUUUUUGGUUGGUUUUUUUUUUGUUGUUGUUGUAUUUUAAAAUAAAACAAAAUGAUAAAACUGUUUAUAUAGAAAUUAAGUUAAACCUUAAGGCCAAGGUGUGAAUAAGGAGGUUAUAAACUUCUAUUCCCUGUUAGCGACAUUAGCAACAAAACAACAACAACAACGACGACAAAAAACACUAAAGGAGCUAACUUCAGUUUGAUGGAUUACAUUAGUGACCGCUAGAUGGCGGAAGUGAGCCGUUACAGGUUAAGAGACACGCGCUGUGAAUAAUGGAUGAAUGCACGAAACCGGCGUUCGUUCCGCUUCCGGUUUGCGGGGAUGUUGCUAAGCGAUGUGGAGUGUAGCUGUUGAUAUGUUGGCUGGACGCUGCCGUUCUUCACACAACAGCUGGAGGCUGGUGUGAGGAAGCGGCGCUGCCAUGGCGUCCGGACCGGGCUCGGUGCCUGUGGUUCAGCCCGGCAUGGGCCCCGCUGGCUCCGACCGGCUCUUCCGGAAGCCCAGAGACCAGACAGGCUCGUCUACACACUACAGACCUCCACGCUCUCUCCCUGACGUCUGCCCCAAGGAGCCUACAGGUGAGGUGCGAGGGCUGGGGGACGCUCCGUCAGUGGUGGCGGAUCAGCACCGAUGGACGGUAUACAACUCUAAGGUGAACCUGCCGGCAGCGCUGAACGACCCGCGGCUGGCCAAGCGCGAGUCCGACUUCUUCACCAAGACCUGGGGCGUGGACUUCACCGAGGGGGAGGUGACGCCCUCGUACAGCCUUCCCAACAUCACAGCCGAACACUUCAGCACCUACCUGAACGACACAGCUCAGAGGGAGAAAAUCCACGAGCGGUGUAAAAACAUCUGCCCCAGCAAAGACGACCUCUCCAUCCCCAACAUCACAAACAAUCACGAUAAAGCCAAAGAGGAGCUUGAGCAGGUGCCUAAGAUCUUCAUGAGGCCUGACUUUGUACUGAGCGACCCAGCCACCUUCAGCGCCGUGUUGCCGUGGUCGCACUUCAGCGUCGCCGGUGGGAAGAGCAGCCGCGAUGCCGCGUCGUCACGGUUACUGCAGGAGAAGCUGAGUCACUACCUGGACGUGGUGGAGGUGAGCAUCGCGAGACAGAUCUCUCUGCGCUCCGAGGCGUUCUUCCACGCCAUGUCAUCUCAGCGCGAGCUGCAGGAGCAGCUGUGCGAGGCGGCGGACGCCGUGAGGGCGCUGCGGGAGCACACGGCCGGCAUGGGGCGCACUAUGAUCCGCGGGCCUCUGCGGGCGCUGCGGCACACGGUGACGCGCAGGAACUGCGUCACGCUGCACGGUAAACUGAAGCUGAUGGCGGCGGUGCAGCAGACGCAGCCCACCGUGCAGCUGCUGCUCUCCACCUCCGAGUUCGUGGGCGCGCUGGAGCUCAUCAACACCACCAAGGAGGUGCUGCAGCAGGAGCUCCAGGGCAUCCACAGCUUCAGACACCUGGGCUCUCAGCUGUGUGAGAUGGAGAAGCUGAUUGAUAAGAUGAUGGUGGCCGAUUUCACCACGUACUCCAGGAGCGACCUCAACCGGGCCUUCGAGGACGACAACCAAGUGCCAGAGAAGGACCGGCUGCAGUCUCUGGUGUUUGGCCUGCUGAGACAGAGGAAGCUGGAUUUCCUGGACAUCUACAGCGAGGAGAUGAUGAAAGCGGCCAAGGGCAUCGUCAAACAGUGUGUGGUGAAGUCGGUGUCUCAGAUCGAGGAGAUCGGCACCGACGCUGUCUUGAAGCUGCAGGAUCAGAUGAGGCUGAUGACGUUCACUCAGUGGUUCGAACUCCUGCAGAACGUGUUUGAGUAUUUCCUGCUCUUCCUCACCAGGAUCAAGGCCACUCUGGGCGUGAUCCGGAACGUGGUUCUGGAAGUCCUCGACAGCAGCCAGAAGAAUCGAGCGGCCGAUGGCGUCUGCGCCGUCUCCGCGGAGAACGGAGACGAGGACGAAGACGAGGAGUUGGGUCUGCGUCCUGGAGAAGCCGAGCUCGCCUUCCUCACGCACGAGGGGCUGUUCAUCAGCGACGCGAUAAGUGACGCCGAACGCCGCGGAGACCGGACCAGGGUGAGAGAGGAAGCUUCAGGAAGCGACUCGGCCUCGGGAACUACGGAGUCGUCCUCCAGCAAGGAGCACGCCGUAAACACUACCUCCUCUCUGCCUACAGGGGGCAUUGCUGCACUUGAGGAUCUGAUGCCGUCUGAUCUGGAGCUAGGCAGGAUCGCCAACAACAUCCAGGAGCUGCUGUACACCGCAUCAGACAUCAGCCACGACCGCUGUGUCAAAGUCCUGCUGGCUAAGGCCAAGGACUGUUCUCUGGAGCGUCUGAGCUCGGCAGAGUUCGUGUGUGUGAGCCGGGCGGUGGAAACUUUCGCCAAGGACACCGAGGCUCUGUGCUGCCGGCGGAGUGUGAGUCUGCGGGGGGCGCUACAGAGUCAGGCCAACCGCUUCGUCCACCGCUUCCACGACGAACGCAAGACCAAGCUCAGUUUGUUGUUGGACACAGAAAGGUGGAAGCAGGCCGAAGUCCCUGCUGAAUUCCAGCACCUGGUCGACUUCAUUGCUGACGGUCACAUCACACUGCCCGACCGCACACCUGCAGGUGCAGAAGAGAAGAAGCCGUGUGACUUCCUGCUGGUUGAUGGGCAGAAAUACGCUGUCGUUGGGACUGUGCUGCUGCUGAUCCGGAUGUUUCUGGAAUACUGCCAGUGUGUGAACGACAUCCCGUCCAUCACCACCGACAUGCUGACACGCCUCUCGGACCUCCUCAAGCACUUCAAUUCUCGAAGCUGUCAGCUGGUGCUCGGGGCUGGAGCUCUGCAAGUGGUGGGAUUAAAGACCAUCACCACCAAGAACCUGGCUCUAGUGUCUCGGUGUCUGCAGCUGGUUGUUUACUACAUCCCUAUAAUCCGAGCGCACUUUGAGACCAAACUCCAACCCAAACAGUACAGCGUCCUGCGCCACUUUGACCACAUCACCAAGGACUAUAAUGACCAUAUAGCUGAGAUCUCGGCUAAGCUGGUGGCGAUCAUGGACAGUCUGUUUGAGAAAGCACUAUUCAAGUAUGAAGUAAAGGCCCCGAUGCCGUCACUGUGUUUCCGUAAUUUGUGUAAGCAAAUGGCCAAAAUGCACGAGGCCAUCCACGAGCUCCUACCUGAAGAACAGAUUCAGAUGCUGUUUCUGAGGAUCAACGCAAGUUUUAAGCUUCACCUGAAGAGGCAGCUGGCUCGGCUCGGGGUGGUGAACGAUGGCGGACCACAGCACGGGUUGGUGGUGGUGGACGUGGCCUUCUACACGGAGAACGUUCAGGCUCUGCGCUCUCUCGAGCGUUUGGACUUAAACAUGCCCGAGAUCUGGGAGCAGAAGAGGUGAUGACGGUCAGCCAGGCCCGGCCGACCGGGUCUUUCCGUCUCCUCCUGCCCCGCCCCCUCCUCUCUUCCUGGAGGACAUGAGGACAUGAGGUCACAGGUCACACAGGAAGUGAACACUGUAUACAAGACCUCUCCAUGAACACUUUUUUUUUUUUUUUUUUUUUACCUCCUCGUCCAGAACUGCUGUGACGCCUUUUUAUUAUUAUUAUUUUUCUGGAACGAUCCGGAGCAUUAAAGCGUCAUACUUUCACUUCCAAGUGACCAAUCAGGAUAAGCUAAGGGAUCCACUGUGGGCGGGAACUUUCUUCUUCUGUUGGGUUUAAAGCUCAGUGCCUCAUCGUGUGCUGUCGAUGCAGCGCAGCUCUACACUCGUGUGCAAUCCUUUCAAAUGAUUAUUGAUUAUGAAAUGAAACUGCGAAUAAAUUAUGGUUUUUGUUUUGAUGUUUAUAUAUGCACCAGUGGGUUUGAAAUGUAAAUUUGGGUAAUUUAUUUUCUUCUGGUCUGAUUUUAUUAGAUGAUGUGGUUUUCUUCUUCUUCUUUUUUUUAAUCUUUACAACCUCAUGAUCAUGGAUGAGAGAGAGACAGAGGGAGAGAGAGAUUGAUGGAAGUGAGCAUGUUAAUUAAGAAAGGAUUUUCGAAACAUUAAAAACUCUCUACCCUUCCAGUAUUUUUACACACAGGCCCGGAUUCUCCUCCCGUCACUCCGGAAGUCACAUUACACCUUUAAUACGUUUUUUUUUUAUUAUUAUUCCAUUGUCGAGGCAGCUGUGUCAGAGGUCCUUGUAUCACCGACACGUUUUUACAGCUCGUGCCAUCGUAUAUUCACCAUCAUGCACCUGAUCGGCUCGUCUGUCGGCUUUCCUGAGGGCGUAUGUUUUGUUAGAGGCCUACAGCGAGGCUGCUCCUUUACGCUUGUUGAAAUAUUCAUAAUCCCGUGUACAGAUUAAGUGUGAUGAUCUCAAAUUUGACCAAAAACUAGUACUUGAUGCCACGUGCAUGGACAGGGAUGUCUAUAGAGUCGAGUGCUUCUUGUUGCUAAUUUGUACGCCUAAAAAUUCCCGUAACACGUAUUACGAACUGAACGAGGCAGCUCUAUCUUAAGCAUGCACAAAUGCCUGCCUCACAAGCUGUCCUCUGAUAGGAACAGUUUAUCGCCGUAAUGAAAGAGCCAAAUGGUUUCUAAUCGAGAGUUCCAUCUCCACAUAUACAGUAUGCCCAUC